CUGAAUGUGCUCAGAUCGAUGAUGACUCCCUCAACAGCAUUCCUUGGAAAAGCUGAACAAAAUGAGUGAGAACUCCCUCCCGUCGUUCUCAUCGAAACUGAGGUCCAGCACGUUGUCCGCCCCAGGGAAGGUGCAGUGGCCACGCCAGGCUCGCGGUCGGCCGAGAGAAGAAGGCCUCCCUGGCCCCCGAGUGCCUGUGGUUUGCGGUACGGCCGGAAGAAGUGUGGCCCGGAACGGGCACCUUGCUGACGGGAGCGUCCGGACGCAUUCCUUGGAAAAGCUGAACAAAAUGAGUGAGAACUCCCUCCCGUCGUUCUCAUCGAAACUGAGGUCCAGCACGUUGUCCGCCCCAGGGAAGGUGCAGUGGCCACGCCAGGCUCGCGGUCGGCCGAGAGAAGAAGGCCUCCCUGGCCCCCGAGUGCCUGUGGUUUGCGGUACGGCCGGAAGAAGUGUGGCCCGGAACGGGCACCUUGCUGACGGGAGCGUCCGGACGCAUUCCUUGGAAAAGCUGAACAAAAUGAGUGAGAACUCCCUCCCGUCGUUCUCAUCGAAACUGAGGUCCAGCACGUUGUCCGCCCCAGGGAAGGUGCAGUGGCCACGCCAGGCUCGCGGUCGGCCGAGAGAAGAAGGCCUCCCUGGCCCCCGAGUGCCUGUGGUUUGCGGUACGGCCGGAAGAAGUGUGGCCCGGAACGGGCACCUUGCUGACGGGAGCGUCCGGACGCAUUCCUUGGAAAAGCUGAACAAAAUGAGUGAGAACUCCCUCCCGUCGUUCUCAUCGAAACUGAGGUCCAGCACGUUGUCCGCCCCAGGGAAGGUGCAGUGGCCACGCCAGGCUCGCGGUCGGCCGAGAGAAGAAGGCCUCCCUGGCCCCCGAGUGCCUGUGGUUUGCGGUACGGCCGGAAGAAGUGUGGCCCGGAACGGGCACCUUGCUGACGGGAGCGUCCGGACGCAUUCCUUGGAAAAGCUGAACAAAAUGAGUGAGAACUCCCUCCCGUCGUUCUCAUCGAAACUGAGGUCCAGCACGUUGUCCGCCCCAGGGAAGGUGCAGUGGCCACGCCAGGCUCGCGGUCGGCCGAGAGAAGAAGGCCUCCCUGGCCCCCGAGUGCCUGUGGUUUGCGGUACGGCCGGAAGAAGUGUGGCCCGGAACGGGCACCUUGCUGACGGGAGCGUCCGGACGCAUUCCUUGGAAAAGCUGAACAAAAUGAGUGAGAACUCCCUCCCGUCGUUCUCAUCGAAACUGAGGUCCAGCACGUUGUCCGCCCCAGGGAAGGUGCAGUGGCCACGCCAGGCUCGCGGUCGGCCGAGAGAAGAAGGCCUCCCUGGCCCCCGAGUGCCUGUGGUUUGCGGUACGGCCGGAAGAAGUGUGGCCCGGAACGGGCACCUUGCUGACGGGAGCGUCCGGACGCAUUCCUUGGAAAAGCUGAACAAAAUGAGUGAGAACUCCCUCCCGUCGUUCUCAUCGAAACUGAGGUCCAGCACGUUGUCCGCCCCAGGGAAGGUUAAUGUGAAACAAAACCUUGGUUUCAUAUGAAUAAAAAGUAUCUCCUUCCUCUUGAGAUGUGACAAGGAACAAAGUAUUGGGAAUAAUUCUACCAUCUCAUCCUCAAGAACCAGUAGGAAUUGUACCACCAGAAUAACAUGACAACUCUUUGAGUGCCUGGCUGGCAGCAUCCAUAUAUUCAUAAUAACCAGACCCUGGAGAACCAGAAUGUGAGGAGAGAGACCAGUGGUUAUGCCUACCCUUGAGCCAUUCAAACAUUUUUCUUACAUGCCAAAAUCUUCAGAGUGAGGAGAAGUUGAUUGAGAUCAACUAGGUUUAGAGGUGAUAGUGGAAUUGGAUGGAAUUCCUAUUACUGCUCCAAUGAGCUACUGAUUUUGUUACUUGUUACCAGCUCACUUUUAUGGGAAUAAUCAGAACAGUGCACUCCAGAGAUGGUCUUGUGAAAAUUGAUAAGCUAGAAACAAUUUUCUUUUGCCAAUGGAACUGUGGGAGCUUCUCUUGGACUUCAUGAGAUGGUAAUGAUGGGGCCUAAAAGGGAAGAGAAAUUGUCUAUGCCUUUGCCUUUCUUGAAUUCUAUCUCCAGAGAGUAAGAUAACAACUUAAUUUUAAGUCAGUGAUUCUCCAUUCCUACCUGUGGUCUUUUGGACACCCUUGCAGAAGAUCACUUCUUGGGAAUUCAUUUGAAGUGAAUGAUACCAGUAAAUCCUUGAAACAAGACUCUUCAGACAAAGGGGCUGUUGUCCAAAUGCUACCUUCUGAAGGUGAUGACCACAAAUGUGAGGUGGAUUUAUUACUGAGGGUGCCAUUACUUCUACUACAAGCUUCACCAAAACAAUGAUACAGUCUUCUUUAUGCUUGGAGACUCGUCUCUUUCCUGUGUUGCAGUGGACACCUCCUGCAGAUAAGAAAUGCUUAACUGAGAAAUGCUCAUGUUGGGAUAUCAUCGAUGAGACUUUAAUUUGGGCAUGGUGACUGUUUCCCUUGCUGCCACUUGACUCAAUCCCAGGAGCCUCAGUAGAGGAAAUAUUAUUGCACAAGAAUCUCAAAAUGAUGGAAUUGCUCAGUGCUCCCAUAAAUAUACAUUUAUAAUUUCCAUUUGCCAUAUGGUAAAAUUUAAAUAUUGGAUAUAUUGAAAAGAAACUACACAAUUUUUUUUCAAAACUUCAAAGUGUAUCUAAAUAUCUAAUAUAUAAAUUAAGUUCCCUCCUCCCUCCCAAUUCUACCCCCCCCCAAAGUUUUCUUCUAUUAAGGGAGUUGUGUGCAUUCUUUAAGUGGAUAGAUGCACACAUACAGUCACACAGACACACACAAACUAUUUUGAGGGGUUCUGGAAGUACGGCCAUAUUGUACACAUUCUUCUGCAAAUUGUCUUUCAUUUAACAGUUUUAAUACCCUUUUCUAUUUCAGUAAUACACAUCUGUGUCAUUUGUUGAAUGACUGCACGACUGUUUUGUAGGUGAACUAUAAUUAAAUGUUAUAAGCAUUUCUCAUUCAUAGAUAUUUAUGUUAGCACCAAAUUUCUGUGCAAUGAAACUCCCUAUCAAUAAUUCUGCACUUGUCUAUUAUAUCAUAAUAAAUUACUUAGCAGUUCAAAUACUGGGAUUAAGGAUAUGCACAUUUCAAAUUAUUACAAGAUUUCCUUAAAAUGUGGUGACAACUUUAUCCUCAAAUGGCAAUGAAUGAGAUUGCCAGCUUUCCCCACAACUUCACAGAUAAUGGAUUUUAUAAAUAUUUAAAUUUUUUCCAAUGUGAUAGCCCAAACUAUUGUCUUAAACUGUAUUUCUUUUGUUUUUGAGUUUGAUCAUUUUUUCAUGUUUAUUAGCCAUCUGUAUUCUUUAAUUUCCUCUUUAUGUCCAAUUUUGGGGGUGGGGGUUUAGAUUUCUGGUUUUGAAGAGCUCAUUUAUUACUGGGAGAAUAAGCUUUGGAUUGUGAAGCAUUAUAGCUAUUUUUAUGCACUUUUAUACUUCAUUUUUGUUGUAAGAAUGUGUAUGAUUGUUAUAUGUCCAAGUAUAACCAUGUUUGCUUUUAUGGCUUCUGAGUUUCAUGUCAUUUUGGAAAAAAUAUUUAUACUGAUUUCAUAAAACCGUUCACCUAUGUUAA